UGCAAGAACAAUUGACAGGUGUUACCAUGGGCUUAGUUACAACUAUUUGCAUUGACAAAACUAGUUGGCUAACAAUGAACCCACAGGAAGUUGAUGAGUGUUGGAUUGAUUUGACAGUAAUUAGAGAAAACUCUGCAAUACCUGAACAAGUUAAGGAUGCAUUCUGUAUUGGUAUCAGCACGAGCUCAGGUAACGAUCAGGAAUCACUGAUUUCCUGGUGUGAACGGAAAUUCGGGAUUAACAUGGAGAGUUUGAAGCAAAGUUACACCAUUAUCGGGAUGAAAGAGUUGAGCCCUGGUGACGAAGGGAAUGGAGUGUUGGUGAGGGAGAAAGAAGGCAAUGAAACCAAGAAAUUCCUGUAUUGGAAAGGACUGGCACCGAAGAUAUUGAAAAUGUGCUCCCGGCACUACAAUAGUGAAGGGAAACUAGUGGACAUGGACACAGAGAAAAGGUCGGCUUUUGAGAAAAUUAUUAAGGGCAUGCAGUCCAAGCAUCUAAAAACCAUUGCCCUUGCUUAUAAGACAACAGAUGAUGAAACUGCUGAGGAUGAUCGCUUGAUAUUGAUAGGACUUCUGGGUCUGAAGGACAAAAUCUGGAAAGAGACUAUAGAAGCAGUUGAAGCUUGUAGAAAUGCUGGUGUCAACAUCAUACUUAUCUCAGAGGACAGCGAGUCAGUAAUAGAAGACAUAGCUAAAAAAUAUGGAAUGCUUCGUGGCCCAGGCAUAUUGGAACAUGGAGGGGAAACUUUUCGAAGUUUCAGCGAUGAAGAGAGAAAGGAUGUGGUCAAUAAAAUCCGUGUGAUGGGAAACUCUCUCCCUGCUGACAAGCUCCUUCUAGUUCGUUGUCUGAAACAACAAGGCCACAUAGUAGCAUUUGUUGGAGUCAGAACAGAUGAUGCUCCCUCACUCAAAGAAGCAGACGUGGGAGUUGUGACUGGAACUGGGAGUAGUGAGUUGGUCAAUAGGAGUUCUGAAUUGAUCAUCGUGGAUGGAAAUUUAGGCUUCUUGGUAUGGAUUUUGAAGGGGGGAAGAUGUAUUUAUGGCAACAUUCACAAGUAUAUCCGAGUUGAGGUCACCAUAACUAUUUCAGGGUUAGUGAUAAGCACUGUCACCACAAUAUUUUUCGGGUAUGCUCCAAUGACAGGGAUUCAGAUGAUCUGGGUGAACCUGGUAGUGGCUGUCCUUGGUGGGUUGGCUUUAUUAACUGAGCCCCCAAGUCAGAAACUGAUGCAGAGGCCACCGAUCAGACCAACGGAACCUUUCAUCACAAAGGCCAUGUGGAGGAAUAUAAUCAUACAAGCUUCCUAUCAGGUUUCCAUUUUGUUAGCCUUUCAGUUCAAAGGGCAAGCUAUUCUAAACAUCAACGAGGAGGUUAGCAAAGCCAUGAUCUUCAGUAGCUUUCUUCUCUGCCAACUUUCCAACCAAUUCAAUGCCAGUGAGCAGAAAAUGAAGAAUUUAGUCAAGGGUGUCCAACAGAACCUAUGGUUUUGGGUGGCCUCAGUUCUGACUGUGGUGUUGCAGGUGGUAUUCAUUGAGAUUUCACAUCACAUCUUUGGGUUUGCCAGGUUGAAUGGUCCCCAGUGGGGCAUCUGUUUCCUUAUUGGGGCACUUUCAUGUGUGACAGAUGGGGCUGUAAACAUUACCUGGGGCGUCAUCAAGGUUAAGCUAACAAGAUCAAGUUCACUUGCUGGAUCAGAACUUCCACAAUCUACCAGUAUUCUCGAGCUUCCACUCAUUGCUGAGAAUUCAUCACCAACUGCUUCUUAGUUCAUACUAAGGCACCAUUUAUGCAUCAUCUUAGGUUCUUUAUGUCUUGCAACGUUUCCAUAUUUUCUUGGGCUGUACAUAAAUAUCUUCUCGUAAUUUUCUCACGAUUAUUGUACAUAAUCAAUCUCAUGUCGUAGUUAUCUACCAAGCCAGGUGUUAAAUUCAUUACUUGUAAGGUCUCAUGAGCGUUAGCUUUGAAAAUAUA